AUGGAGCAUUUAACAAUCAGUCCACGAUGGACAAGCAGGGAAGAUGAGCUUAGAGAAGUUUUUCGCUAUUUCGAUGGAGAUGGCGAUGGCAAAAUAUCAGCCUCCGAGCUCAGAGCCUAUUUUGGGUCCAUAGGUGAGUACAUGUCGCAUGAGGAGGCUGAGGCUGUGAUCAAAGAUCUUGAUGCAGAUGGAGACAGCCUGUUAGACUUUGAAGACUUUCUGCAGCUGAUGGGCAGAGGAGGAGGAGACGACGAGGACUUGAAGAAGGCCUUCGAGAUGUUUGAAUUGGAGAAGGGGGUCAUAACCCCCAGAAGCUUGCAGAGGAUGCUGCAUAGGCUUGGUGACAGCAAGUCAUAUCAUGAGUGUGUCACCAUGAUUCAAGUUUUUGAUACUGAUGGCAAUGGGGUGGUUGAUUUUAAUGAGUUUCAUCGAAUGAUGGCUUAACUUAAUUAAGUUCAUGGUUGAUGAUUUAAUAAUGUCUAGUUAGUCGUAAAUAUGUAUAUGCAUGGAUGUGUUGUGUGGUUCUAUCAUGGUCCUUCUUUAUGGAGUUGGAACAUUUCUA